GCCCCGCCCGCUUGGCCCAUGAAACAAAGUUUACCAUCUUUAAAAUCCGAGGCCACACCUUUUCCCUUUUCAGUUUAGGGUUCGUGUUCAAGAUCCGGGCAAAACUCCAAAGCCGAAGCCUCGCUGUUUCUCUCUCUUGCGUUGGGACGGCUUGUGGACUUCUCGAACCAGAAUUAUGGCUCGUUUUAGUUCUUCUAGUUCCCGUUCGAGUUCGAGUUCGAGUUCGAGUUCGAGUUCGAGUUCACGUUACUAUGGAGCCAAGGGCACAUACAACGCUUCAUCUGGCAAAAGGAGUCCUAGUGCCUGCGACGAGGUUGCGGUGAGAUAUCCAAACGGCGUUAGAACGGUUAUUCAUCAUUCAAAUUUUAGAGCAAAUGCAAUUGCUCGUAACAAUUCUACUGAGCUCUGCAUGACGAUAGUUGAGCUGGCUGUUGAGGCGGGUCUAUUUGGCGGGCCUAAUGCGGAGUUUGGCGUUUACCAACGUGCCCUAUUGAACGUUUGUGGUAUUGAGGUGGAGGUUGUUUCGUCGAAGAAUGAUUCGUCCAAGAAUGAUUAGAGGUGGGCUUAAGAUUGAAUAAAGAUGAAGAAUAAAUAUGUAUGGUUUUGGACCUUGGUGCUCACUAACUUUGUUUAUCAAAGUGGUAAAUCCACAUGCAAAAGAUUUACUAGAGGACCAAUUUGCUUUGGUAUUAAGCUAAUGUUGGGAGCUAUCUAUGAACUUUACUCAUAUGAUCUGAUAUCAUAGUUAUUCCUCAUUGUCUCCUAUAA